GGUUUUCGUAAUUCAGUUGGCCUAUCACGGAUAGAGGGAAGAUGUUUGUAUUUAAUAAGGUAAUUUUGCUGGAAAUACAACUUUCUUUGUAGUCCUCUUUAAACCACAUGUCUACAAAAUUCGCAUCAAUACUAACACGAUAUAUCCGUUCGGAAAGCCCAACUAUAAUAGAGUCCUCCAGGACCAUAACAUCACCCCGACUGAAUGAUUUUCUCAAAUCAUGUCAGGAAGCUCAAGUAGCAUUAAAUCAAUAUCCCAAAUCCUCUGAACAGAACGCCUUGCGAUCUCAAACUCCACUAGCACAAGUUGACACCACGGGGUUGCAAAGAUUCAGAAAGUACGCCUCUUCAUCUUCACUAGAACCAGUACCUCUUGAACGAGACUCUAGAUUCUGGAAACAGCCAAGAGAAUCUGUUGUGCAAAAGCAAACCACGGGCUGGAAAAGAGACCCAAGCAGAUCUAAAAAGGAAGUCCGCUUCGCAAAUGAUACACACGUUCAUUACUUCAAAAAGAAAGAUAAACCAAACAUGUUAUGCUUACCCAAUUCCAACACUUGUUCAUACCCUCUUUCUGAUCAUUCCAUUUACGGAAAUAUGUAUAUUCUUGAGGAAAAAAUUGAACCAAACUAUAGAAACAUUCAAUUGUGUCGGAAAUACAUGACACAAUACCCCAGCAAGUCGCUUCAACAAGUCAGCUUCCAGCUAGAAUUGGUCAAUAUUCCUCCAUUCGAAUAUAGCUAUGAUUCUGACGCUGAGUUUACUUUAGUAAAACUUUCUAUUUCCCCUGAUAAGCAAGAAUUGGUGGGUCAGGUAUCUGCCAAUGGUAUAUCUUUUGAUUGCUUGAUUAUCAGAUAUUCUGUGAAUAAUUGGGCCACAGUUUCAGUAAUGUCAUCGGAACAAGUUGAAAUUACGGAUGAUAUAUUUUCGUUCAAAAUACCUUUAGAUCAAUUAUUUGAAGAUGGUGAGGGAACCGCUUCUGAUAUACGCAUCAAUUAUUAUUCGUGCUCGGGAGAGUACGAUGAAGUCAAUGAUUCGAAAAUGUACGAUAUCAACUUGGUCAAGACUUCUAAAAUGACUGAUCCAUGGGAGGAAAAAGAGAAUUUGGUCGGCUCUGAAUCACUGAACUACGAAAUAAUCACAAACCAACAAUUAGUCUAUCUUCCUGAAUAUUAUGAGUCAAAUAGAAAUGUUCACCGGUGUUCAUUUGAUAAUAAGUUGGAGACAGUCGUAGAGUUAUUGGAAGAGGUAUCCCUUUUUGAAUCUACUUCUGUUGUGAGAGUUUCGUCUUAG